AUGACGCCCGAACCUCAGCAGCCCUCCGCGGGCCCGCCUCGCAAGGGUACACCCGGUCUCCUAAGCCCCAGUGAAAAUGAUACCUUCGUUGAUGCCUUCACCGGGGACCUCGUUCAUCAUGACACAUACCCCGAGAUCAACCCAGUAACCGUCUCCGAUUGCACGGCCAAAUCCGUCCUCGUCACAGGAGCGAGCAAAGGCCUGGGCAAGGCGAUCGCCAUCGGCUACGCCGAGGCCGGCGCGUCCAUGAUCGCCGUGGUCGCCCGUUCGGACGUCUCCUCGACCGCCAGCGCCGUGCUCGAAGCGGCCAGGAACGCCGGACGACCUGAGCCGACCGUCCUCGCGCUCGAGAUGGACGUGAGCAGUACGCCCAGCGUGAAGGCCGUGGCGGAAAGGCUGGAGACCGAAUGGGGACGCUUGGACAUUCUCAUCAACAACGCCGGCUACAUGACGCCUUUCAAGCCGCUGCUCGAGGCCGACGACGACGACUACAUGAAGACGUGGGACGUCAACUACUGGGGCACUUACCGAGUCAUCAAGGCAUUUCUGCCCCUGAUGCUGAAGGGAGGAGACAAGACCAUCGUCAACAUGUCAUCAGUAGCGGCGCACUUCAUGGGUCGUGGCGGGGGAGCCUACCACGUUUCCAAAUUCGCAUUGAUACGCUUCACUGAGUUCGUCCAAGAUGAGUACGCUGAUCAGGUCAGUACCGAACUAUGA